UGUAGCGUAGGGAUGUACGCUUAAGCAGUGAUUUCAUUCAUUAAUUAAAUAUUUGACUGUUCCAUUAUUGUUAUUUAAUAGAUAAAAUCUGUUUCAAAUAUGGAACAAGUUUCACUGCGCCUUAAAUUUGAUAAUAAAAUAAUACUUGCCCCAAUGGUUAGAGUUGGUACUCUUCCGAUGAGGUUAUUAGCUCUUGAUUUUGGAGCAGACAUUGUGUUUACUGAGGAACUUAUAGAUUAUCGAUUAUUGAAGUGUCAAAGAUUUACUAAUAAGAUUCUUGGAACUAUAGAUUACAUAGAUGAUGACGAAAACAUAGUUUUUAGAACCUGCAGUAAAGAAAGAAAUAAGGUUGUUUUACAAAUGGGAACAUGUGAUCCUGGAAGAGCAUUGGUUGUUGCAAAAAUGGUGGAAAAGGAUGUAGCUGGAAUAGAUGUUAACAUGGGAUGUCCAAAAGAGUUUUCCAUAAAAGGGGGCAUGGGAGCAGCUUUGUUGAAACAGCCGGAUAAGGUUUAUAAUAUAUUGUCAACACUGGUCAGAGGUGUUUCUUGUUCUGUCACGUGUAAAAUGAGGGUGUUACCAGAGCUGGAGGAUACAAUAGCUCUAGCUAAACUCAUUGAAAGCACUGGAGUGGCAGCACUAACAGUCCAUGGUAGAACUAAAGAAGAAAGGCCGCAACAUCAAAACAGAACUCAUGUAAUUCAGGCUGUUGCUGCAGCAUUGUCCAUACCAGUAAUAGCUAAUGGUGGUUCUGGAGAAAUUUCUUGCUACUCAGAUAUAGAAAAGUUCCGAAGGGCAACUAAUGCUUCUUCGGUUGCGAUUGCUCGACAGGCUGAAUGGAAUUGUUCAAUCUUUCGUCCCGAAGGCAAACUUCCACUUGAUGAAAUCAUAUUAGCGUAUUUAAAAUAUGCCAUAGACUAUGACAACAAUGUGAUUAAUACCAAAUACUGUAUUCAACAAAUGCUAGGCUCACUGCAAGAAACUUUGAGGGGGAAAGCAUUCCUAAAUGCUCAGCAAGUACAUGAAAUAUGUGAGUUAUGGGGUAUGAAAGAAUAUCUUCAGACCAAACAGAAAGAAUUUGAAGAUCGAGCAGAAAAGUUACGAAAGCUUCACGCUAGGGGAAAUGAUGAUACGCUGACCCUCAAAAGGAGAAAAAUUGGCGAGGAUGAAGUUUGGGAACUUGAGGCUAGAUUUAUCAGAAACAUGUUUGAUCUCAGCGACUUACCAAAGAGUCUUUUGCUUGACUGGACAAGAAGAAAUGGUUGUGAUCUGCCACGCUAUAUUACUGAGCAGACUGAAAAAAGCUUCAAGGCAGUUGUUAGUGUCAAUGGAAAGAAAUACUCAAGUACUCAUUUAGAAAAGAACAAAAAGAAUGCAGAGCAGGCAGCUGCACUUGUAGCAGUUUUUCAUCUGGGAUUGGUAGAUGAGAAUAAGAUAAAAGGAAGACCUAUUGGAAUAUCACUUGCUGCAGACCAAGUAAAGAUCACAGGAGACUCUGCUGCACCUUUAGAUACUGUUGUUUGCAGUUGUCAGCAUAGAAAUUCAGAUUCUGAGAAGAAUCAAAAAGCUUUUUGUUUGAAGUCAGACCAUGCUAAUUCAUCAGAUAACAUAUGUCAGUCAUUUACUGAGAGUAAUGAACUGUACAUUAACAAAAAAGCAACUUUUGUAUCAAAAGAAAACACUGGUAAAUGGAAGUAUGGCACUUUUGAUCCCAAGCUAACAAAGAAUGAUACUUCACACUUAACAGAAAUACAAGCCAGGGCCUUGGAAAACUCUGGUGAAACUGUGAAAACGUAUACAGAAUGUAAUCACAACCUUCAGAGAUGACAGAAUAGCAAGUUAAGGUUAAUGUAAGUUUUACAAGGUGUUCAAAUGAAGUAACAGGGCAUACUUCAAAAAUGGUGAGAAGUCUUUCAUAUGUAUAUUAAUGUGAACGUAUUGCAACAUGUGAAGACAUAACGAUGUAACAAAACAGUAGCUCUUUAAAUGGUGACUGAGAAUAUCAUACAACGAACAGUAUAGAACAUAUAAUCAAAAUAUCAGUUUUAGAUAAUCUUUCUCAUUUUUAAUGAAAUUUUGGAAACUGUGCAGUGAUAAUAUAGACUUGCAAGAUUAACUUGUUAUUAACUGGUGUGCUUCUGUGCUCUUCUCAGGUAUUCAUGGUCUUAAAUUCCUAAUAUUAUUUGGAACUUUUCCAGAUAGUGAGUUCUAAAAUGAAGUUAACUGGUAAUUAUCAUUUUAAAAGUAUUGUAAAAAAACAAGUUUUGUGAGAUUAGUCUGAAAUUCUUUAGUUUUACUGGAAUUUUUCAGGACAGGGAUUGUAAGAUUACAAUUGCUGACUUAAAUAGUCUUCUUAUGGUCCAGAUGGACAUGAAAGAAGAGAUUCAUUGUAAUGUUAAUUUUUGAUUCUCAUUAACUUUAUAUAAGUCUGAAGGGAAUUGACAUUUUUUAACUCAAAAUAUCAGUUUUGAUUUAGAUCUCUGUCUUGUAACUAACUCAAAGUUUUAUUAGUUUUGUUUCUCUACAAUAUAUGAAAAUAAAAAUAGGGUCAUCUGAAAUAAAACCCCUUAUAUGUAUUUUCCACUCAGGGUUGGAUCAAGCAUGGCCUACUGGUUAGGAUGCUGUACUUACAAUCUGUGGGAUCAAAGCACAUUGCUAAACAUGCUUGCCCUUACAGCCAUGGGGGUAGGGGUUAUGCUGUAACAGGAUCUUCAUGACUAACAAGAACUUGUAUUAACACAAGGAUCUACCUGACUGAGUAGAACAUAUAUUAUUACAUAUAUAAUAGCAAGAAUGUGAGCAACGGACUAAAACAUAUAUUUAUACAAAAGUAUUUGUGACUGGCUAAAGUUCACUAAAUUCAUAUUAACACAAGGAUCUUCAUGACUAACAAGAACUUGUAUUAACACAAGGAUCUACCUGACUGAGUAGAACAUAUAUUAUUACAUAUAUAAUAGCAAGAAUGUGAGCAACGGACUAAAACAUAUAUUUAUACAAAAGUAUUUGUGACUGGCUAAAGUUCACUAAAUUCAUAUUAACACAAGGAUCUUCAUGGCUAGCAAGUAUUCAUAUUAACACAAGGAUCUUCCUGACCGAGUAGAACCUAUAUUAGCAUUAAGGAUCUUCAUGACUAACAAGAACUUGUAUUAACACAAGGAUCUACCUGACUGAGUAGAACAUAUAUUAACAUUAAGGAUCUUCAUGAUUGACUAGAACCUAUAUUAACAUUAAGGAUCUUCAUGACUGGCAAGAACAUAUAUUAACAUUAAGGAUCUUCAUGACUAGCAAGUAUUCAUAUUAACACAAGAAUCUUCAUAACUAACAAGAACCAUAUUAACACAAGAAUCUUCAUAACUAAAAAGAACCAUAUUAACACAAAGAUAUUCUUGACUACUAGAACUUGUAUUAACAUUAAGGAUCUUCCUGACUGAGUAGAACCUAUAUUAACACUAGGGAUCUUCAUGAUUGAGUAGAACCUAUAUUAACAUAAGGGUAUAUUAAAUAUGGUAUUAACAAAUUUCAAUUAUUAGUUAUACUAAAAUUUUUACCUGAUUACUAUAAGUGUUAGAAACUUAGUGACAAGGUAUGUUAAUACAGAAUGUUGGUAAAUUGCAAGUUAGCAAAAGUGACUAAUGUUAGCAUUUUCUGUUUCUUUAAUAAUAAGAAUAUGUUUGUGAAGUAUUACAGACUGGUUUGGACUGUUGUAAAUCACUGAGUAAUAGAAAAUGAUUUGUAUUUUAGAAUGUGACUCAAUCCUUUUGUCAUUUUAUGAUAUAGCUACCACAAUAGGGUUUUUUGUUGAUUGUAAAUAGAAAUUUAUUCUUGUAUUAUUUGAUGUUAUUAAAACUGUUACCCACUAUUAGAUAUAGUCAGAUCAGAAAAUAAUUCUAGUGAUGCAAACUAAUCAUAACUUGAUAUUAAUAUACUACAUGUCCAUUUGUUUCUUACGUCAAAACAUUGAAUAAAUUGUUUCAACCAA